AUGCUGCCUGAAUUCUAUUGUGAAGUUUUGUUACUGGAUGAGUCCAAGUUGCCCCUCACCACCCAGCAGCACGGGGUGAAGAAGUCAACGAAAGGCUCAGUUGUCCUGGACUACGUAUUCCGCCACCUAAACCUUGUGGAGAUAGAUUACUUUGGGCUCCGCUACUGUGACAGAAACCAUCAGACGUACUGGCUGGACCCUGCAAAGACAAUCGCUGAACACAAAGACCUGAUUAGCACUGGCCCUCCAUAUACUCUGUAUUUUGGUGUUAAGUUCUAUGCAGAAGAUCCAGGUAAACUAAAGGAAGAGAUAACCAGGUACCAGUUCUUUCUGCAGGUUAAGCAAGAUGUUUUGCAGGGUCGUCUACCCUGUCCGUUUAACAUUGCUGCUCAGCUUGGAGCCUAUGCCAUACAGUCGGAAGUCGGUGACUACGAUCCAUUUAAGAACACUGCGGGAUAUGUGUCAGAAUACCGCUUUGUACCUGACCAGAAAGAAGACCUGGAAGAUGCCAUUGAACGAAUACAUAAAACAUUAAUGGGACAGGUCCCAUCUGUAGCUGAAUCAAAUUACUUGGGAAUUGCCAAAUCACUUGAAAUGUAUGGAGUUGACCUUCAUCCUGUCUAUGGAGAAAACAACUCUGAAUAUUUUCUAGGCCUAACCCCUGUGGGGCUGGUGGUAUACAAAAAUAAAAAACAAGUUGGGAAAUAUUUUUGGCCUAGAAUCACAAAAAUACAUUUUAAAGAGACACAAUUUGAACUAAGAGUCCUUGGAAAAGAUUGCACUGAAACCUCCUUCUUUUUUGAAACUCGGAACAAAGUGGCCUGUAAACAUCUGUGGAAAUGUUGUGUAGAACACCACACCUUUUUCAGGAUCCCAGAAAAUGAUUCAAGUACACUAUCAAGGAAGCUGACUAAACUUGGCUCUUUGGGAUCACGGCAUAGGUACAGUGGUAGGACUGCUUCCCAAAUGAGCAGAGAUCUAUCCAUCCAGCUUCCCAGACCUGACCAAAGAGUGGAGAGGAACCGGAGCAAAACCUAUCCCAAAAGAUCAGCACUUACUCAGCAGCCAGCCUCAAAUCAUUUAGAGCAGAUAACAACAAACUUAGAAAAUGGAGAAAGUGAAGGCACCACAAAAAUCAUCGCCCCAUCCCCAAUAAAAAGCUCAAAAAAGGUCAAAUGCGAGAACAGCCCAGAUGUCCAAAGAAGUAAGUCCAGUGCACCAUGGGAAGAAAAUGGCUCUCCCAGUGGCUUGUACAAUUCUCCCAGUGACCGCACCAAAUCACCAAAGUUUCCCAGCCCGCGGAGGCGCAAUCAGUCUGGAAGUGACAAUGACUCAGGGCAGCAUACCAGGAGGCACAGACAGAACAGUGGUGAGGACUCUCAAGAUCUCAAGCACAGGCGGAGAUCACGGUCACGGUGCAACACUAGCAGUGGCAGUGAGUCUGAAAAUUGUAACCGGGAGCACAGGAAAAAACGGAACAGGUUACGGCAGGAAAAUGACAUGGUGGAUUCUGCUCCACAGUGGGAAGCUGUUUUAAGAAGACAAAAAGAGAAGAACCAGGCUGACCCCAACUACAGGAGAUCCAGACAUCGUUCUCGAUCGAGAAGCCCAGAUGUCCAGGCCAAGGAAGCAUUAUGGAAACACAUUCAGAAGGAACUUGUCGAUCCCUCAGGCUUAUCCGUAGAACAAUUAAAGGAAAUACCAUACAUGAAAAUAGAGACUCAAGGUGACCCAAUACGUAUUAGACACUCCCAUUCCCCCCGCAGUUUUCGCCAAUACAGGAGGUCCCAGUGCUCUGAUGGUGAAAGAUCUGUUCUGUCAGAAGUCAAUGUGAAAAGUGAUCUUGUGCCUCCUCUGGCUGUGACACGAGCCUCAGAAACACAUUGCUCCAGUGGUCCCUCUUCUCAGAGAAGAAAUGGAUCCAAGGACAGCCUGAUUGAUUCCAAUGCAUCCCUUCACAGCAAAGAUGGAAAACACAGUGUAAAGACAAUAAAAACAGUGCAGACUUUACGCCUGAAGUCAGAAUCUUGAACACAGACAACUUUAGGGAAGGUCAUUAUUUAUAAACUGUCUGGGAUCAGAACCCUCCAGGAACUUUAUUUCCAUGACAACAUGAGACAUUUUAGACUUUAAAUUAUUUGACAUUGCCAGAGAUUGAACCACAGCGACCAUAAAACAGCAAAGCCAUUUAGCUGUAAGAUGGUGGACUUUGUAAACAGGAAAUUGCAAGCAUGGCUGGCAUUUAUCAUUAUGUGGAAAUCAGAAUUCAAGCUGGAAUGUUGAUUUUAUUGUGGAGAAAGUAUUAAAAGGAAGAUUUCAGCUAAGCUUGUGUCACAUGUCACCACCAAUGUUACAAUAGACUACACCACUACAUAUGCUGCUCCUAUGCCAUAGUCUGAACACUGCGUCCAUUUGAAUAUGAAAGUCAAUUGUUCUCAUCACCUGAUGUUUUUAAGCCUUUGAAGUUGGACUUUAAAACACAAUUGUUUGGCACACUACUGCUACAAGUACUACUAGAGUUUUAGCCUGUAGAUUCUUGUAUACCAAGUGGAAAGUUAUCUGUAAAAGUGGAUUUUUUUAAGGAUGUUUUUUGAAUUUAUUUUAUUCUUGCAGUAUUAAGAAUCCAAAGUAUUUAAAAAUAAACACCAC